AUGAGUGAAAAAAAUAGUCGUAUUGCUAUUGUCAGUGCAGACAGAUGCAAACCAAAGAAAUGUCGUCAAGAAUGUAAAAGAUCAUGUCCUGUUGUUAAAACAGGUAAAUUGUGUAUCGAAGUUACACCAACUUCAAAAAUUGCAUUCAUUUCAGAAAUUUUAUGUAUUGGUUGUGGUAUCUGUGUUAAAAAAUGUCCAUUUGAUGCUAUUCAAAUUAUUAAUUUACCAACUAAUUUAGAAGCUCAUACAACACAUCGUUAUUCUGCUAAUAGUUUUAAAUUACAUAGAUUACCAACACCAAGACCUGGUCAAGUUUUAGGUUUAGUCGGUACUAAUGGUAUUGGUAAAUCAACAGCUUUAAAAAUUCUUGCUGGUAAACAAAAGCCAAAUUUAGGUAGAUUUGAAGAUCCUCCUGAAUGGCAAGAAAUUAUCAAAUAUUUCCGUGGUUCUGAAUUACAAAAUUAUUUUACUAAAAUGUUAGAAGAUGAUAUUAAAGCUAUUAUUAAACCACAAUAUGUUGAUAACUUACCUCGUGCUAUUAAAGGUCCAGUUCAAAAAGUUGGUGAAUUAUUAAAAUUAAGAAUGGAAAAGGAUGCUGAAACUGUUAAAAGAUAUAUUAAAAUUAUGCAACUAGAACCUGUCUUAAAUAGAGAAGUCGCUAAUUUAUCUGGUGGUGAAUUACAAAGAUUUGCUAUUGCUAUGUCAUGUGUACAAGAUGCUGAUGUUUAUAUGUUCGAUGAACCUUCCUCCUAUUUAGAUGUUAAACAACGUUUGAAUGCUGCUCAAAUUAUUAGAUCUCUAUUGGAACCAACUAAAUAUGUUAUUGCAGUCGAGCAUGAUUUGUCCGUGUUAGAUUAUUUAUCUGAUUUUGUUUGUAUCAUUUAUGGUGUUCCAUCUGUGUACGGUGUUGUCACUUUACCAUCUUCCGUUAGAGAAGGUAUCAAUAUCUUUUUAGAUGGUCAUAUUCCAGCUGAAAAUUUGAGAUUUAGAACCGAAGCUUUACAAUUUAGAAUUGCUGAUGCUAAUGAAGAUUUAAAAACUGAUGCCACUCGUGGUUAUGAAUAUCCUGCUAUGAAACGUACUCAAGGUGAUUUCGUCCUUGAAACUGAAGCAGGUGAUUUCUCAGAUUCUGAAAUUUUAGUUAUGAUGGGUGAAAAUGGUACUGGUAAGACUACUUUAAUUAAAUUGUUAGCUGGUGCUAUUCAAGCUGAUAAGGGUUCUGAAGAUCUACCUAAAUUAAACGUCUCUAUGAAACCACAAAAGAUCGCUCCAAAGUUCCCAGGUACCGUUAGACAAUUAUUCUUUAAGAAGAUUAGAGCUCAAUUCUUAAACCCACAAUUUCAAACUGAUGUUGUUAAACCAUUGAAAAUUGAUGAUAUUAUCGAUCAAGAAGUCCAACAUUUAUCUGGUGGUGAAUUACAAAGAGUUGCUAUUGUUUUGGCUCUAGGUAUUCCAGCUGAUAUCUAUUUGAUCGAUGAACCUUCUGCUUACUUAGAUUCUGAACAACGUAUUAUUUGUUCUAAGGUCAUUAGAAGAUUCAUUCUACAUAAUAAGAAGACCGCAUUCAUUGUCGAGCAUGAUUUCAUCAUGGCCACUUACUUGGCCGAUAAGGUUAUUGUCUUCGAUGGUACCCCAUCUAAGCAUGCUUUUGCUAGAACUCCUGAAUCUUUAUUAACUGGUUGUAACAGAUUCUUAAAGAACUUAAAUGUCACCUUCAGAAGAGAUCCAAAUUCCUUCAGACCAAGAAUUAACAAAUUAGAUUCCCAAAUGGAUAAAGAACAAAAGUCAUCUGGUAAUUAUUUCUUCUUGGAUAAUACCGGUGUUUAG